CAUAAGAUGGCGGAGUAGCAAGGCUAAGCAAUUGCCUUGAGUCUCCUGGCUGGCUUCGGUGCGGGUCUCCGCAGCAGCAACGAUCGCUGAGCGAAGAGUGCCGACGGUCUUUGGCCAGGAUGCCGAAUAUCAAAAUCUUCAGCGGCAGCUCCCACCAAGACUUAUCCCAGAAAAUUGCUGACCGCCUGGGCCUGGAACUAGGCAAGGUAGUAACGAAGAAAUUCAGCAAUCAGGAGACCUGCGUGGAGAUAGGCGAAAGUGUCCGUGGAGAGGAUGUUUACAUUGUGCAGAGUGGUUGCGGUGAAAUCAAUGACAAUCUGAUGGAACUUCUGAUCAUGAUCCACGCCUGCAAGACUGCCUCGGCCAGUCGGGUGACCGCAGUCAUCCCAUGCUUCCCUUACGCGCGGCAGGAUAAGAAGGAUAAGGUAAGCCGGGCUCCCAUCUCAGCCAAGCUUGUUGCAAACAUGCUGUCCGUGGCAGGUACUGAUCACAUCAUCACCAUGGAUCUACAUGCUUCUCAAAUUCAGGGCUUCUUUGAUAUCCCAGUGGACAAUUUGUACGCCGAGCCUGCUGUCCUGAAGUGGAUCAAGGAGAACAUCUCCGACUGGAGGAACUGCACGAUUGUUUCCCCUGACGCUGGUGGAGCUAAGAGAGUGACCUCCAUUGCAGACCGGUUGAAUGUAGACUUUGCCUUGAUUCACAAAGAGCGGAAGAAGGCCAACGAGGUGGAUCGCAUGGUGCUCGUGGGAGACGUGAAGGAUCGGGUGGCCAUCCUGGUAGAUGACAUGGCUGACACGUGUGGCACCAUCUGCCACGCAGCCGACAAACUUCUCUUGGCUGGAGCCACCAGAGUUUAUGCCAUCUUAACCCACGGAAUCUUUUCGGGGCCAGCCAUUGCUCGCAUCAAUAAUGCGUGCUUUGAAGCGGUGGUCGUCACCAACACCAUACCUCAGGAGGACAAGAUGAAGCAGUGCUCCAAGAUCCAGGUGAUCGACAUCUCCAUGAUCCUUGCAGAAGCUAUUAGGAGAACUCACAAUGGGGAAUCUGUUUCCUACCUGUUCAGCCACGUCCCUUUGUAACAGUACUUCUGAGGCUUUUUCAAAAUAAAAGCAACCCUACCCCUUGUUUUUCCCUUGGUAUUUGAAGACACAUUUCAGCUGAAGACCCACCUUGCUCCAGUGUAGUUUUCUACAUCCUCUAUCAGAUAUAUUAGAGCUUAUCCUUAACAUGAGGGAAAGAUAGAUUGAGAUGACCUGCUGGGACUCCUCGCCUGCCUUUGUCUCAUUCUGGCUCCCUCGAUGGAAUUUGUCUUGAGCCUUGCAGCUUUAAGUUCAGCUCAGCUGCUACAAGAUUUCAGACUUGGGAUUUUUGGAUAUGACAAGGGGAUGCUCAGACUACUUUGCAUGUGAAUGUUUCGUGUGUGUGUGUGUGUGUGUUCAGAAUAACUAGCAACAAAGCCCACCCCUGUGACAAGCUCUUCAAGCUCUGUGCUAAAUGACGAGUCUCAGGCAACCCCAAACCCAGCCCAGGUAGCUGAGCGGCCUCUAGGGAAGGAGCGGGCAGUUGAGCUUGAGCAGCUGUUCAGUAGGAUCCGAAGUGGGGUGGGAUACAACAGUGCUACAGGUGCUGCUUGGGAGGAAGAAGCCUGACCCAUCCCCAUCUCGCUUGACUGUGUAGUUUCAAUUCUCCUUUGUAUGUGUUCUUUUGGACUUGACCUUCAGCCAUCUUUUCCUUUUCCCUGGCCUGACAAACUUUUGGGCCCAAGUGAUCAUUUCAUCAUGUCUGCUGGAAAGAAAACUUGCCUCCUGCUUUGUAAUUAUUAACAUUUGCAUUAGACUGACCUGCCACAGCUUAAUCUUCCUUAGCCUACUACCACUGUGGUUGUAGGUUGUAGGUGAUACUGUAGUGCCUUUGGAUUAAUUUAAGUAUUUAAAUUUUCAUCUUCCUUCUUUGGAUCUGUUUGGCCUCUCAAAUGCUCCGAGAUAUCUGUUUAAGAAAUGGAUGUGAUUAUUGUCUUAUAUGGAUAAAUUUAAUAAAGUAUCUGUAUUUGUGUGA